AUGAGUACCUUCAGAAGGGUUUGCUGCGGGGGUUUAGGGUUUGGGAGGCGAGGGUUUGCUGCUUGGAAGGGUUUGGGGGCCUUCGUUGAGGGGCAGCAGCAGCAGCAAGCGUGGGCUUUGCUGCUGCAGUGCGAGCAGCAGGUCAGCAGCAAAUGCAAAGCAGCAGCAGAAGCAGCAGCAGAAGCAGCAGCAGCAGCAGCAGCUGGCAAGGACCCAAACAAGGGCAUCGACUGGGCCUUCUGGGAACGCUCAAUUGCCCACAAAGACAUUGUCAACUGCCUGCGGUCGCACUACGAGCAGCAAGAGUCAGCCUACGGGCGCUUGCUGGGUUCUUCUGCUGCAGCAGCAGCGCAGCAGCAGCAGCAGCAGCAGCAAGCAGCAGCAAAAGAGCUGCUGGGAGAAGGGCUGCUGCAGCAAGCCCUCGAAAGCUGUGCUGCUGCUGUUGCUGCUUCGCAGCAAAUCAGCAGCAAAGGCGCAGCAGCACUUUGGCUCUCUUGCCGCAACCCGCCGCUCUCUGCGCUCAGCACGAACGACUGGCUGGACACGGACUGCUACUGGCAGGCAUUUCUGGAGAAGCACUUUUUCUAUUCGCAGUACCAGCCAGGCACUGAAGACCCAGAGAGCGCAGGCAGCAAGAGAAGCAGCAAAGAGCGAGUGGCACAAAAAGGUGGCGAAGUUCAACGAGCGUACAGACACCCCAAUGCUGUUCUCGUUUACAGACUCUCUUCCUUCUUGGGA